CAAAAGUUGUCAAAGUUGAGGGUCCCCAAUUAUUCUGCCAAGGAUCAUUUAUAGCAUUUCAAUAAUUAUUUCGUCACUGCUCUGCUCACGCCAUACCUUGAUCAUGCUAUAAAGGCUCCAAUUUCCCUUCCCAUUGAUCAUCUAAUUUCACCCCCACAUUUCUACCAGCAACUAUAUAUGGCUACUUCAAGUGUACAAGAGGUUCUUCCUCCAUUUCUUGAUUCUACCUCUGAACCCCCGACUCUGUUUGACGGAACUACCAGGUUGUAUAUCAAUUAUCAGUGCCCUUUUGCUCAGCGUGUAUGGAUCACCAGAAAUGUCAAGGGAUUGCAAGAUAAGAUCAAAUUAGUUCCAAUUGAUCUUCAGAAUAGGCCUGCUUGGUACAAAGAAAAAAUUUACCCGCAAAAUAAGGUGCCGUCUCUGGAGCACGACAACAAAGUGAUUGGAGAGAGUCUUGAUUUGAUUAAUUAUGUUGACAGCAACUUUGAGGGGCCAUCUCUUCUACCUGAUGAUCCCGAAAAACAGAAGUAUGCUGAAGAGUUGAUAACGUACAGUGAUACAUUCCUGAAAGAAGUAUAUACUUCGUUUAAAGGAGAUGUUGAGAAGCAGGCUGGACCACAAUUUGACUACCUAGAAAAAGCUCUGGACAAAUUUGAUGAUGGGCCUUUCUUCCUUGGACAGUUCAGUCAGGUUGACAUAGCGUAUGCUCCCUUUGUUGAAAGGUUCCAAAUCUUCUUGCAAGAGGUGUUUAAGUAUGAUAUCACAUCUGGGAGGCCAAAACUAGCAAAAUGGAUAGAGGAAAUGAACAAGGUUGAUGGUUACAAGCAGACAAAAGUUGAUCCCCAGAAAGUGGUCGACUUAUAUAAGAGCCGUUUUUUGGCAUAAAAUUGAAAUAAAGGGGUGCUCCAUUCAUGUCAUGCACUUAAAAAAGGAUUAUGCAUUAGUAAUACAUAUAUAAAUAAAGUGAUCAAUGUUUGUUGUGUGUAGAUUGUGCUUAGCUUGAGACUUGUUGCUUGUGCUGGAGACUAGUAUCAGCAGAGAUAGAUAUAGCAUCUCAGGAGUUACAAUUAUGUUUUUGCGUGUGUAUUAAACUACUUAAUAUUGAUCAUUAAUUAUCCUGUGUGAACCCCAAGAGUUGAUUCUUGGGAUUGAGCCCCUA